AUGCACCCCGAAGACCUCAGAGCGCUCAUGGAGGGGCUGAGGAGACAGCUGGUAGAUGGGCCAGAGGCAGAGGGAGAAGGGCAGGAAGCAGAGGCCCAAGAGGAUUUUCAGGAAGGCGACCGAUACCGUGAGGCACCUAAGUCGGCGCCGACGUCUAAAUUCCACCGAGUCAUUGCCAAGAAAAAGAGGAAAACCGCAUCCUUGAACAGAGAGAUACCAAGCGCGGCGCUGGAGGUAGCGGUCCUGCCACCUGCCAUCUACGUGCUGUCAAAGCAACCCCCCAGAUCCCUUAACCUAGCUGUAAAGUUGACCACCUUGACCUCCCUCGCUACUGUCUCUGUAUCAGCCCUCUUAGACUCAGGGGCUACCGGGAACUUUGUGAGCCCCGAGUUUGUCAGAAAACACGGGCUCGAGACAACCCCGCUUGUUACAGGAAUGGGUUCCAGGGAACCCAACCUGUGUCAUAUCCGUGCAUACCCGACCCCGACCCGACUUCCGGACCUCCACCCUCUUCACCUCCGGAGUCAUAACCUACCGCUGCCUUUCCGAUACUCACCUUCGGUCUUGGCAACACACCCCUCCUCUUACCUCUCCGACCCCUUCUCCGUCCGUUCCGAUACUCAUCUCGGACCGAACAUCGCCCUACUCGCCACCCUUCCUACAACUCCGCUCCCCCCUCACCACACCUCCACCCUCCCGUCAUCCCCUACGCUUUCUCCGUCCGUUCCGAUAUCCACCUUCGGACCUGACUACUCUUCCUUACCUGUCCCCUCUCUCCUUCCUCCGUCACUCCUCCGCCACCCUUCCGCCAAGUUACGACCAUCCACCGCUGUUCCGUACUUCACACUCGGACACCGUUCGUACCUUACUCCGAGCCUCCGUCAUAGUCCAUACCUCGGACUUUGA